GUCCGAUUUGGGUAUGCAUGUCCGUUGUGUCAAGUAAUGCCCAAAUAUUGCUCGUCGUCGCGUAUGGGUUGACGUCACACGCAAAUGCAUUAUCGGCGCUUAGAUCAUAUUCCAGAUCAUUGAUCUGGCGGGUUCCCACGCUCAAUUUUUUGUUUUUGGUGUUGUGCAACUGUCUUAACACGUUUGGGGCCCACUCGUGUCCGUUUGUGCGUUUCGGCGGGUGGAAUGUACAAAUCAAGCUUGAUCCAAGCGCUGGAGAUGGUGUGACGCAGCUGGUUCAUCCCUCCGUUACUUGUACUUAUCAAACGGUUGAAGUUUGUCAGCCCCUCACGUCACCGGGAGCGCUGUAACCUGCCGUUUUUGUUGUAGUGACGCCCCUUGUACGACAGGCCCACGUUUAUGAACGUCUUCACUGUGCUAUC